UUAUGUCCCCCUCCAUUCUCCACUCAAGCCUCAGAUGUGGAAGAGCUAAUGUAUUCACUAUUCUUAGUUAGUGUAGUGAGAGUCGCGAAAGAAGAAACUACAAGGGUGCAAUCCCGAAGUGGGCAGGUGAACGAAGACAAAAUGUGUUUCCAUGGAUAAAAUAGCGGAUUCUAUACAAUGAACCUAAUUGUACAAUCCAUUUCACGGACACCAACACGACAGCAGUCUGUACAUGAAAACGUACACCAUAUCAUUAACAGCUUUUUCCUCGCAGUACAGCUGACGUCAUAAAUAAACACUGCCAUCAAUGCGUCGUGGGUAUCUGAAGGCUGAUCGUGCCACAUUGCAUCUAUCUGUUGACGAGUCAUAACAGUUUAGAAAAUUCCAAUUACUCGGUGCUGUUCAUAAAUUGCAGGCGAAGACAUGGAUAAUACCAAGCAAAUAGAUACCGAAGAGUUGAUCAAGUGGUUGAAAUCAGUUGUGCUUCCGAAAAUUUCCAAAAUCACUGGAAAAUCACGUGACAACGCGACCUUAGAAAUCACAGUGCCGGAGAAUUGUUUUUUCCUGUCCACCGUCUACUUCGCAAAAAUAAAAUUCAGUAACGAUGAAUCAAUUUCUGUUGUGAUAAAAAAACCACUAUUUGCAAAUGAUGAGGAAGGAGGUAUGCACAGUAAGGAACUAUUCCACAAUGAAGUGCUUUUCUACGAAGAAGUGUCGCCGAACAGUGACAGAUAUCCCCGAUGUUUCUACGCUUACGAAGACCCUGAAAAUUCAAAAAUGUCAUCCAUCGUUACCGAAAAUGUCGAAACAAUGGGCUUCAGAAUGUGUCCCGAAACCUCGGAAAUUCCAAUGAAGUAUAUUAUUGCUGGAGUUCGUGAAAUGGCUAAACUUCAUGCUAUGGGUUACGUCAUGAAGACCAACAAUUCAGGCAAAUUUUUCGAGAUUGUUGGCAAAAUUCAGGAAGCGAGAUAUUUGCAUGGAGAAUGGAAUGAACCUUUGGUGAAUUUCGUCUCGUCGAGACCUAUUAAUUACCUGCGAAAACAAAAUUACGAUCCAGUUUUCUGUGACAAAAUGGAGAAACACUUGGAGUAUGCAUUUGAGACGGUUAUGUUAGAUGCUGUGAAACCUUGUGAACCCUUAGCUGUGUUAUGUCAUGGUGACUAUACAAGAAAUAACAUAUUCUAUAGAGAGACUGAGAGUGGAUUGGACGCUAUACUGAUCGAUUUCGCAAUGCUGAGAUAUUCAUCACCGGCGAUUGAUUUAUCGACUUUUCUUUACAUAAGUUGUUCAGCGAAAGACAUUUGUGAGAAUUUUAAUGAGAUAUUCAGUGCUUAUCAUAGUGGAUUGAUUGAUUAUUUGCGGGAACACGGAAUCAAAGAGGUUGAUUGUUACUCAUAUGAUAAGGUGCUAGAAGACUAUAAACGGCGGGCAAUGUUUGGGUAUAUGAUAGCGCUGUUUUUCAUUCCGCUACAGCGCGGCUUGGUUACUCUUGAUCCAACGACCAUUGGCACCGAUAAGUUUAUAGAAUUUCAUCAGGCCGCUAAGGAAGCAGGAGGGGACCAACUGUCGAAAGAAUUCGCGGAUCUAUUCAUAAAUUUACGAAAUAACGGUUGUUUGAGUCAUGUGGAAUGAGAGAGAGAAAAUAUUUUCACAAACUAGUUUUGUCUGAACCAAAAAAACGUCAGUUAAUUACCAAAAAACUAAAAUCGAGUGGUGAGCCUUGAAGACUGCCCUGGGAUGAAAAUUUCUUAUCUCCAAAAUAGUUUUAGUGAUUCCAAAAAAUUUGUAUAAUCUUUGCAAGCAAGAAAUGUCAUCUCCAGCACUACUUUGUCAUUAUUCGAUACUCCUAUUUUAUUUGGCUAACGAAAAAUGGUCGUUUUAUGCAAAAUAGAGGAUAAAUUCGGCUAUGAGAUAAUCGUAAAAUGGAAAUUGGUGACUCUACGCGACGCAGCGACUUGGUUACCUCCGCGAAAAUGUGCUGCCGUAUUAUUUAAGCUUUAACGAUGAACCGGCGAUGACUGAGUGUCACGAGGUGAGGCGAACUAAUACCUAUUCUAUUCCUGCAGAAAACCAAUCCCUGAACAAAAAACCUCUAUCGACUUCAAUUCAAUGUUCAGAUCAGAUUUGAAGUCUUCUAUGGCCAAAUAAUUAUUGUAUCACUAUUCAUUUUGUUUCUACAUCGUGCAAUCAUCAAAACAUUUUUAUAUUCAAUUUUAAUAUUGAAUGGAAAAUAAUUAAUUUGUGAUAAAAAAGUGGCAAUGUCGGCCCAACAUAAGUUUUUUUUUCAAAUCAAGUGAAAAACUUCAUCCAAAGUUUUGAUAUAUUGAAUAAAUAUUUUUUUACUAUAAAUAUCUUUAUUUAUAUCAAAUAAAUUUUUUCUUUGAACUAAAUAAAUAUUUAUUUGACACAAAAUAUUAAUUGGACCUAAAAUCGAAAAAGAUUGAACGAAAAAAUAAGACACGUAAGAUAUUUAGGAUGAAUAAGAGGGGGGGGGGGAUUUCUGUUCCUUGAUUCAACUAUCAGGGUGACCAUGGUGAAAGAAGAUCGUAAAUACUGGAGUGAAAAGUGUAAUCCAAAUUGCAUCACAAUGAUUCUAGAGAGCUCAUAUCGUCCAGAUUUCACGUUUCCUGGAUUAGGUUCAUACGACCAUCUUUCACAUUGGCCACGAAUAUUGUUGAAACAUACUUUUGAAAUUCUUCCACAAAAUACAUGAGAAUGUAAUCUUAAAAUAUGAAAACUGUUCAUUUCAACUAAAUAAAUUGCUGAUUUGAUUUUGAGAAAUUAUUUAUUUGAAAUAAACAAGCUAUUUGUUCAAUAUACGUAAGUCCUUUUUCUUGAAAAAAAUUAACUAGUUUAUUCAUUUGUUA